UCAAUCUAUCCCCUUUGAGAUAUCUGACGACCCCGACUGAUAAUGAGCGAGUACAAGUACAUGUUCAAGAUCCUCAUUCUGGGCGACUGUGGCGUGGGGAAGUCCUGUCUGUUGAUGCGCUUCUCGGACGGCCGGUUCACCGGGAAGUACCUGUGCACGGUGGGCGUGGACUUCAAGGUGCGCACCGUGGAGGUGGCCGGCAAGGUGGUGAAGCUCCAGAUCUGGGACACCGCCGGCGAGGAGCGCUUCAAGUCGGUGCUGCCGGCAUACUACCGGGGUGCCCAUGGCAUCCUGCUCGUCUACGACACCACGUCGGCCAGCAGCUUCCAGAGCAUCGAUGGCUGGCUGGAGGAGAUCAGGCGCAAUUGUACGGACAGGGUCAACGUCCUGCUGGUGGGCAACAAGUGCGACGACCUGGAGUGCCGCCAGGUGAGCCAGCAGCAGGCGGCGCACUACGCAGAUCACCGGGACAUCGCCUUUCGCGAGGCCUCCGCCAAGAGUGGCGCCAAUGUGAAUCAUAUAUUCGCCGCCCUGGCGGUCAAUAUCUACAAUCGGCUGGUGGCCAAGCCCUCAUCUCCCGACCGGUUGCUGGGCGGGCAGGAUGCAAGGGACGAAGAGGGGUCGGUGGACAAAGAGAAGCCUUCAUCUCUAGCAGCUCCCAGAAUUCGGCUGGUGGGCGCUCAUCGCCUGCGCUCCAAAGAGAUGGCAUCUUGCUGUUGAGCAAUCGGCUUCUUAUAUAUUUUCUUUAACUCAAUUUUUCAUUCGCAAAGGACUCGGACCCUAAUAUUCGUUAUAUCAUUAAAUAUUUUCAGAAUAGGCAACGUAAUUUUAGAUUAAAUACAUAUGAAGGUACUGGGAAAAAUUCACAAAAUAA